GAUGGGAGUCAGGGCCAGCGCGGGGCCGGUUUAAUUGAAAGCAAGCCGUGGAGACUCCACGCGAGGCGAGAGCGCUGGCAGGAUGCCCCGGGCUGGCGCCCCGGCUCCCCGCCGCUGUCAGUGAAGGAGCGAAGCUUCCUGCGGCCGCGAUGUUCAGCUGGCACAAGAGCUUCACCCUGGGAGCUCCCUGGAGAAAAGCAGGCAAGAUGAACCCACCAUCCAAGGGCAAGGUAGUGCUGACCAACAUGAAGAUACUGAGCAACGAAGGGAGUCAAACCCAGGGGCUGACACGAGAGCCACCUGCAGCCAUGGACUUUGCAGCAGAAUCCAGGCUUCCCAAAGUCGACAUCCUAUUAGAAUGCCAGGGAAAUCUGGGCACAAGAGACACCUCUGCAAAACCAGAAUAUGUGGCCACCCUGUCUGACCUCAGCACCUUAGAGUCUAAGUGCCAGCUUCACAGAUUCUCCAAAUUUGAAUCAGAGGAUUCUGGGGUUGAAUUGCCGAGUGGAGCUAAUUCUCCGUCUACACCAACGGGCUCCGAGAAGAGCUUUGUGCUUCACACCAGAGACUCAUCUUGUGACUCCGGAGUGCUUAGCACCUCUUCUUCUCCGGGAACUGACCAUGUCACAAUGAGAAAGUGUAAAGACAUCAGAGAAGUCAGCCAGUGUGCUUCAGAGAGUGAAAAGCAAGUUGAAUAUUACAGCCAGGCAGUAGACAUGGUGCAGAUCCCUACAGCUUCCCUGGAAGACUUCAGGGACUGUCAGGAGGGAGAAAGUCCUAAUAAACUUUUUGGCCAAAGUGAAGGACAAUAUUUGGAAGAGAAACCCAGGAAAGAGAUAGACCUUUCCAUUAAAGUCACUCCUCCAGCUGCUGCCCCCAUAGAAAAGCAAAGGCCAACUACCAACCAUUACAAAGAGACCUUUGGGAGCAUGCAAGAUCUUCAGCUCCAUGGACAUCAGCUCAAAAAAUAUCCCACAAGCGACAGCCUGGAUGAGUACAUGGAUGAGUGCUGUCGAUUAAGUGAGGUGAACCAAGGGAACACCAAGGCUCUCAGCUCUGGCCUUGGGUAUCUGGAACACAUCUGUCAGCUGAUAGAGAAAAUCGGACAGCUGCAGGAACACAAUCUGCGACUCCAAAAGCAAGUGUGUGGUUUGCAGAAGGAGCGGAAGAUGAGCCAGAUAAAGGAGGAGUAUUUUCUGCAGCACUGUUCCUGUGGAGCUGCCAGCAUCUUGCUCAACUCGUACCAGGAGGUGAAGAAAUUUUUUACUGGGAGGAGCAGACCGCACAGUCUCUUGGUUCAGAGUGGAAACCAGUCUGACCUUUCAAUCAUCCCAGAAAGAGGAAGUGACACACACCUGGAAUCAGGAGAUAGACAGCUGGUGCUGGGGCUCAGGAAGACCUGGCGUAAAAGGAGCAAUGAGGAGAAUGACCUCAGAGAUGCCUAUAAUCUGACUGAUGGCCAAGCUUUCCUGCUAAAGGACCCAACGACGAAAAAGGGGGCUGACCUCGGUAAGAGUAUCCCGGGUGAAAGCCACGCUUGGGGCAGAAUGAGGGAUCUCAUGAAGAAGACCAGGCUGAGGAACCAAAGCAAGUUGGGGCUGUCAUCGGCAGCUCUGAAGAGGUCCUGUCCACAACUCUACAGGCCAGAUGUUAUGACUUCGGAGCAGAGGAAGACGGAGAGGAACUCCAUGAUUGUUCUGGGACAAAGCACAAAGAAUGAAAAAAUCUGGUCUUUCUGAGCAUCUGAAUCCAAUGGACCAAGAGAUAAAUGAGCUGGGGCGCUCCUGGACAUGAAAUUGAAAACCAUGAGGCUACAUUGUGCAGACUACGCUCUACAGCAGGAUCAACAUCAAGGCAGUGGGGAGGGAGGAGAGGUAAAAGAAAGAUUUGCUGAAGGGUGGGGUGCUCACCUGUACUAGAGUUUACUUUUGACAUGAAUGUAAAAGUGAACUUAAAAUACUGCUGUAUACCAGGAAUAUAGUUACCAUCUCAGCAAUAAUAACCAAGCAGGUUUGAUACAAUUUCAUAAACAAGCUACCUUAAGUCCUCCUGCUUGUGAAGUAUUAUUGAUCUCCCGGGCUUUAUUCAGCAGAAAUAGGCUAGACCCUAAAGGAACACCAGUGCCUUAAUGAAAAACAAAGACUGGAAGACUACAUGUAGUAGACACUGCUGGGUGUAGGCAGCAGUGCAAGACUCAAAGGAUUUUUUAUAUCUCCACUUGUGGGUAUUACAAACAAGUCUGCACAUUUUGAAGGUGUCUCCACCCACCAGUGCCUGGCUGGGGAGUUUUACUGAGCUCCCAUGCAAUGGCCAAGUCAUAGAAUAUCAGGGUUUGAAGGGACCUCAGGAGGUCAUCUAGUCCAACUCCCUGCUCAAAGCAGGACCAAUCCCCAAUUUUUGGCUCAGAUCCCUAAAUGGCCCCCUCAAGGAUUGAACUCACAACCCUGGGUUUAGCAGGCCAAUGCUCAAACCACUGAGCUAUCCCUCCCCCCAGCUAAUCAAAGCCACCAGCCAAGAUUUUCUAAAGCUGGAUUUGUAAGUGCAUGGUUAGGUCCCAGUCUUGUGUGGUUGUCCCCCUUUGCCCAUCUGUAGCUUCACUGACCUCAGUGGGUCCCCAUGCAGACAGAGGGUUAUAGCCAUGCAGAGAUUAUUGCAGGACACUGGGGCCUUCAGCUGUUCAGCACCUAAUAAGGGGCCUGAUUUUUAAAAGUGCUGAGUGAGCUGCCCACCCAGGUCCUUGGUUUCACCGGGCACUCAGGACUUUGGAAGCCAGGCCACUUUAUUAGGAGCCAAACGCAGGCUCCUGUUUUUAAAGUUUAUGGCAACGUUGGGUGAAGGCUCCUGGUCUGCUGUUUGGCUGCCUGUCCAUCACCAUGUGCCAUAGGAUUUAAGAGGCAAAAAAGCCAGAUGAACUUAAACCUAUGGCUGUGGAUCAAGUGCUGGAUUGGGGCUCCCUCUGCUGGGAAAGUUAAAAUAAUAGGGAGAUUGGGGAUGGAAAGGAAAGUUUUAAGUCUUUAUUACAAGCCAGGGUAGUUCUUUUUCCAGCUAAGGUCUAUAGGCCUGCCCUCUGUUAUCUACUAGAUAGCUUUAAAGCUAUGCCCAGCUGUUUGGAGGCUGCACUGUUGCCACUCAUCCAUUGCCCACCUUUAACAGAUUGAGAGGACACAGACCAUGGUUAAAAAGGUCCCACUGAAGCCAUGACUACAGCAGCAUCUCUGUGCAUGUGCUAUAACCCCACUUCUUUUUUUUUUUUUUUUUUUUUUUUUUUUGCUACAAGCUCAGAAUCCAAGGACUCACCCACAUGGAGUGAAAACUAGCCUUUGCCUAUUGGGGGAAGGGAAUUCUGUCUGCUAUAUUGGAAUGAGACAGCUGAGCUGUUUAGCUAACAAAGUCCACAGACUCAAGUUACUGCUGACUAAAGCCUUAACUUCACAUAUAUCCGGAACCGUAGGACACUCUCAGAAACUAACAGGCAAACUUCAAAAGAUUCAGAGUUUGAAUAACUCUCCAAAACCUUAAGUGAAUUUCCUCUGCUCAUCUGGGCUAUCAGGAACCUAUUGGUUCUACAGAACUGGGUUAGAACUCUCUGGAGGACAGGAUCUCUCAGGAUACUGCCAGUAUUGCUGCCCAAGUGCAGAGCCAAGAGUGUAAAUAAAGUAGGCUAGCCAAGCUACAGCUGACCCAAACUGCAAAAGUCAGAGCAGGAUCCAGACUUGGGGAGGAAGAGGAUGUUAAAUCCAGGCAGCUUUAGAACCCCUCCACAUUUUUGGCUGGUUUUGGCCCAUUGCUGCCCAAGUGCAGAGCCAAGAGUGUAAAUAAAGUAGGCUAGCCAAGCUACAGCUGACCCAAACUGCAAAAGUCAGAGCAGGAUCCAGACUUGGGGAGGAAGAGGAUGUUAAAUCCAGGCAGCUUUAGAACCCCUCCACAUUUUUGGCUGGUUUUGGCCCAUUUCUAAUACAAACACUUGAGAAUAUUUUAUAAAGGAUUUUGUUCUCAUGACAGACAAUGACCUGAGGUGAAACAGCCGUUAUUUAUCAGAACCUCUUUGGACAUACAGGCCAAAAAUACCAAGAAUGUUCUCUAAUUUGGGUGGGUGGGGGGAGAGGAGCAUCUUGAGACACCUUCAAAGGUGCUGAGCACCUACAACUCCAAAGGAACUCAUAUGAAGCUAUGGGAAGCUCAGUACCUCUGAAAAUUGGGCCCAAACUGUCUCAGAUUGAGCAUCCAGAAAUGAAAGCACCCAAAAAAAGGUGCUCUGAUAGAUCUUUCAGCAACAAACUCGGCUGCCACUCUGGUUUUCAGUUAGUCAGUGUAUGUCCUGCCAGCUUUAUCCAGAGCUGGGGAGGUUUUAUCUUGAUUAUUCUGUGAAUAAUCAUUGUGUCUUCAUUAAUGCAGUGGGCCAAAUCCUACAUUAAUUUACAGCCUCUGUAAUCUCAUUGACUCCAGGCAGAAUUGAGCCAUACGUGUUAUGAUAAACAGUAUCAUGAACUGGUAUUUUUACACUUAAAUGACUUUAUGUAUAGUUUUUAUAAAAUGAAUUAUCACUCUUUUGUUAUGAUGUUAUAUGAAAUAUAUUCCUACAUUUUCAGCAAUAAAUAUAUUUAUUCCC